AUGGAACCUGCAACCAUCAUACCUAAGCUGCCAGUUCUUCCGCGGGCACCAGAAUCCUUACGAAAUGUCCCUGUAAUUCUUGCUACACCGGCGUUGGCAGCUUGGGCACAGGCGCAUAACACACUGCUCCCAUCAAUCAUGAGCCAUAUAUUUCGGGAUGCGUUACAAAUGGAUAAGGAGAAUGCAGAGUUAUAUUCUAUAUCAGCUGUGGUGGACAAAUUACCAAUUCCAAAUUCAGCCUCAGCUCAAUACCUGGCACCGCUCGAACAACAAGGCUAUGAGGGAAUAUCGCUUUUACUAACCGACCAGGACUCCUUAUCUGGAGAUAUCGCCCGGCCCAUGCGGAGGCGGGAUGUUUCGAUGCCUGAAAUCGAGCCCACGAUUACCUAUGCAGUUACUCACGCCCAAGGAGACGAAACUGUUUUUACAGAGAUUGGGAUCCGCGUGGCUAACACCAUCUUUGUCACUGGAAAGCCACGAACGAUGCUAGCAUCGCGCUGGCAGCGUGAUAAAGAUACUACGAGUCUAAAACUAAAGGAAACAAAGGAUCUCGUGAUCUGCCGAAUACAAUCCGCUACUCGCUCGCCCGUUGUCACCCCGUAUAUACCUUUAUACCCAGUUACUCAACCUAGAAAAGUGGUUGCAAGCAUGGGAAAUGUCUUGAGUCAGAUUUCAACCGGGAAUGGAUCCACAAAGUCGGGACCGGCAUCAGCAGAACUAGAAAAAGCUUUGCCAGAGUAUAUUGAGAAACACAAAUUACAAAACCACAAAUUAGCCGUCUGGGCUCUCGUUAGGCCUGAGGGUCACACGAAACCCCUUUCUGAAGACGAGGAUUACAUUAGCAAUGUAUCUGGCGCAAUUCAAAGUGGCGCCCGCCUUCAUCGUUUGAUGAGUGGAGGUGGUGGAUGGGGUAAAAAGCAGGGUCUUCUUUCACUCGACCCUGAGUAUAGCUAUCAAGAAGAGCACAGUUCCGGGCACCGUCACCCGAUUAAUGAACUGUUCUUGCAAAUACCCCAGAAACCGGAUAUCAACGAAUUUCCCUCCGAUCCAUUUCCGAAUUUGAUGGAAUUCAAUGAUGGGAAACUGGUCACGCCGCUCUCCGAGGCAGCGAAGCCUGGAGAUACUGUGCAGUUUUUCGUCGCACCUUUGGACACUGGCGUACCCAUUCACCAUUCUCAAAACUCGAAGUCAGCAAAGAAAACUGCAGAAGAUUGUAUUUUUGGAGUGAUUCCUUCUGCGGAUGAAUCAUCUUUUCCGUCGACAGACAAUCAGGAUGACCUGCAGAAAUCAACGCAGACGCUCAGCAACGAUCUUGUCGUGCUGCACAAUUAUUUCGGAGCGCUCUCUGAGAAGGGCAUCACGUUUACUACCGUUGAAAAGGGUAUAGUCAAAGGAAGGCGAUCUCUCGAACCACCAGGAACCAAGAUCGACGUCCCCGGUUCGAGAAUUGUAAUAGGGACUUAG